AUGUCUUUGAUUCCAACUCCGGUGAUCACAAGGCAGGUUAUGUUGACCAUCCAUCUAUUUCUGCAUGAAAUCUUCUUAUUGGGAGCAGCUGGGAGUUUGUUGGGUUCAACACUGAUUCGGACGAGUCUGUUAUCAGUCUCAUAUGGAAAAGUGGAAAAAAAUCAGAGGCUUUUGGCCUUUUAUUGUGGUGAAAAAUGGCUUAAUAUUAAGCCUAAGGUGAAUGAUUUUAGUGAAGAUGAAGUUGAUACUGAAACUGAGAGUGAACAUGAUGGGAUUGCACUGGAAGAUAGAAAGCAGACUUUAACAAACUAUCAAUUUGGCCCUUUUGCGCCAGCCUUCGUAUCCAAAUCCAAAACCUUUGAGAAUACUAAAGUGAAGCAGGUGCAUGAUUGGGAGAGUCUAGCUAUUGAACAUUCCCCUCAGCAAGAAUGUGUGGAUGCAAUGCUGCUGGGAUUACCUGAAAAUGCAUUUAUUUGCCUAAAAAAUUUUGGACAUGUUGAUGUGAAAUAA